CUUAGUCAAAAGUUCCUGCUGCUGUCUGUACAGCUGAUGUUGUGCUUUGUUGUCCUCUCAGUCUACCAGGUGGAGGUGGAUUCAGAGGUGGAGUCUGUCCUGCUGCCCUGCAAAACCACAGUUCACCUGCCUGAAGGCGUCACAGUGGAGUGGAGGGACAGUUACAAAAUGACGGUCCACGUAUAUAAGAACGGCUCUGACCAGCCUGAAGAACAGCACAGUUUUUACAGAGACCGAACAGAGAUGAAGAGAAACCUGCAGAGACCUGGAGACCUCAGUCUGACCUGAAAUACCCCACAGACUACGACAGAGACACCUACACCUGCACCGUCUACAGCAGGGAGAGAGACAUCCUGAUGGAGAAACAAGUGGAGCUCAAGGUCAAAGUCUGUCAGGUGGAGGUGGAGGAGGGGGCGGAGUCUGUCCUGCUGCCCUGCAAGACCACAGACAACCUGCCUGAGGACGUCAGAGUGGAGUGGAGACACUAUGAUCCCUAUGAGACGGUCCACGUGUAUCAGAACGGCUCUGACCAGCCUGACCAACAGGACCAGGUUUACAGAGACCGAACAGAGAUGAAGGAAGACCUGCUGAGAACUGGAGACCUCAGUCUGACCCUGAAAUCCCCCACAGACAGAGACGGAGGACGAUACAGGUGCAACGUCUACGACAAGAACUGGAACACCAUGAGAGAGAAAACAGUUGAUCUCAGGGUCAAAGAGAGAAGCAGGAACAGAAGCAGCUCCGCUGAUCCAACUCCUCUGAUGGCCGAUCAACCUGUUUGAUCUUUGAUCAUUGAUCCGAUCUGACUCUGGAUCAGAGAGAAAAUGGAGGUGAAGCAGCUGAUGGAGGACGGAUGAAGACAGGAGGACGCUUUGUCAGCUUCUCUUCACUCUGAC